CACAAAGACAAAGUCAUUGUAUAAAUUUAUGUUUUGGCGCAGUCAUCCGAUCACAAAGUGCGCCCAACAUUUUUAACAAUAAUUUCAUCGAAAUUUUUUAAAAAUCUCGGCUCCAAAUGUACCCGCCUUUCGACCCAAAUAUCCAAAUCCUGCCCUAAAUUCUUUCAAUCCCAACUCACUUUAUUUGCUCGGAAAAUUUUCCGUAUAUAUCCGCUCACCGAAAAUUUUUCUCUACUGCCGUAAUCACAUCAUAAUUCCUCCCAAAAUCCUAGGGUUCGCCGCGCACGCUCUGCUGUCCCCGCGCCCAGAUUAGGGUUUUAGGCGCUGCCGUUGAAUCUCGUGGUUUAUCUAUGGCCUCAGAGAAGGACACCAAGACUGAAGCUGCGAAGCAGGAGGAGGAGGAGGAUCUAUCGGAGGUGGGAGAAGAUGGUGGUGAAGUGAAAUCGGACGAGGCUGGAGAAGAGGAGGAGGCAGAAGAACCAGAGGAAGAUGAAAAUGCUGAGGAAAAAAAUGAAGUGAAAGAGGAAACGGAGGUGGAGGAAGAGGAGGCGGAUGAGGGCAAAGGCGAGGAUGGAGAAGACGAAUCAGAUGAGGAGAAGACUGAGAAAAGUAAAAAGAAGAGAAAGACGAAAGGCGAUACUGUUAAGUUGAAAUCGCCCCAGACGCCCGGGAGCGAGAGGCCCACGAGGGAGAGGAAAAUGGUGGAGAGAUUUAAGGUGUACGAUACCCCAAAGAGCUCUGCCAGUAAGCCCAUCUCCAUUGAGAAGGGUCAAGGCACACAGCUUAAGGAUAUCCCUAAUGUGGCUUUCAAGUUGUCCAAGAGAAAAGGUGAUGAGAAUCUGCAGCUUCUUCACACCAUUCUUUAUGGAAAGAAAGCAAAGGUGCACACACUGAAGAAAAAUAUUGGCCUCUUCUCUGGUUUUGUGUGGGCUGAGAAUGAGUUUAAUAUUAGACUGGUGGAAAAACAGAAGGCUAAAACCAAGGAGAAAAUUGACAAAUGCGUAAAAGAGAAGUUAUUGGACUUUUGUGAUGUUCUUAACAUUUCAGUUAAUAAAGCUACUAUGAAGAAGGAAGAGCUUGUUGUAAAAUUAUUGGAGUUCUUGGAGUCACCUCAUGCUACAACUGACACUUUGCUUGCUGACAAGGAAAAGAAACAAAAAUUGGAUUCUGAUUCUGGUAAGAAGCCGAAGAGUCCCACUGAGGAAGAAGAUGAUGAUAAAAGUGAACAUUCACUUAGUGAAGAUUAUAAGGAUGAUCAAAAAUCAGUUCCCGAAGCAGAAAGUGAUCAUGAAGAUAAUGUUGUAGAAGACGAGGCAGAUGAAGAUGAAGACGAACCCAAGAAGCAGAAGUCGAUUGAGAAGGUUUCCUCUAAGAAAAGUGCAAAGAAAGAUACUGGUAAGGGUUCUGUCAAGUCCAAGUCAACUGCUAAAGGAAGCCCACAAGAAUCUUCAAAAGCAUCAGGCAAAUCUAAUCAUAAAUCUACCAGUGCUGUAUCUGAAAAAAAGAGUAAACUGAAGGCUGAAUCCAAUAAGAAGCAAAAAGUUGACAAGGAAAGUGAGAAGGAUACUAAAGGUACAUCUUCAAGCAAGAAAAAGUCCAAGUCCUCGACGAAGGUUUCCGAAAAUGAUCAAGAUGAUGGAGAAAGUAGUGAUAAAGAAGUAAAAGAGCCCAGCAGAGAAGAGAUGCAUGCUGCAGUAGUGGAUAUACUGAAGGAAGUGGAUUUUAACACAGCAACAUUGUCUGACAUUCUCAAACAGCUAGGAAAGCACUUUGGGGUAGAUCUCAUCCAUAGAAAAACAGAAGUUAAAGACAUAAUCACGGAAGUGAUAAAAAGCAUGUCGGAUGAUGAAGAUGAUGAGUCUGGUAAUGAAUCGGGUAAAGAUGAGGAUUAUUAGAUUUACCAAGAUCUUAUUCUACCUACAAUUGGUGGUCCACAAUUUGCUGUGGUUUGGUAUAACUUCUUAACUUAACUAGUGAGUGCAUCUGAGAUUGGUCAUGUGAUCUUGAACGGUUUGCCCUAAUAGGGCCGUAUUAUAAAACAAUUCUUGGUUUUAUAGGUGGCAUUUAAAUUUCUCAUGUAGCUGUACUCUGUAGAAUUUGCUUUGAGAAUUUUCUGAGAUGAUUUGCAGAAACUAGGAAAAUAUAUACUCUGUAAUAAAAAUGUGCCAAUUUGGUUAGACCUUCUCUUUGUGCCAUCAAUAGUUUUCUUUGUGUAAAUGAUUUGAGGAAAGUCUUCACUUCAGGGCCAAACUUGAAGAGAUGAUAAAAGCGAACUUGGAUAUAAACAUGGUGUUUGUUGUGGGUUCUGUUAGGUCUUUAUUCUUUUAAAA